GCCAAUCAAAGAGGUUGGAUCUUGAGGUAGGGGGCCCUAGCGAAACGUUUGGAAAAGCACGGUGGUGCGUGUGGGGGGUGGUGCAAAAAGCCAUGUCUGCGUCGGCGGCCAUCGAACAGCGCAACCAGGAGGCGACCGUCUAUGUGGGCAACCUCGACGAGAAGGUGACCGAGGAGCUGCUCUGGGAGCUCAUGCUGCAGGUCGGCGUCGUCGUCAACGUGCACAUCCCGCGCGACAAGGUCACGUCCAAGCACAGCGGCUUUGGCUUUGUCGAGUUCCGCACCGAGGAGGACGCCGAGUAUGCGACCAAGGUCAUGAACAUGAUCCAGCUCUUCAACAAGAUCAUCAAGGUCAAGAAGGCAUCGCAGGACACGAAGACGCUCGACAUUGGCGCCAACCUCUUCCUCGGCAACCUCGACCCGGACGUCGACGAGAAGCUCCUCUACGACACCUUCUCGGUCUUUGGCGGCAUCAUCGAGACGCCCAAGGUCAUGCGCGACGUCGAUACGAAGCAGUCAAAGGGCUUUGGCUUUGUUGCCUACGACUCGUUUGAGGCUGCGGACCUUGCGAUCGAGUGCAUGAACGGCCAGUACCUCUGCAACCGGCAGAUCGUCGUCCAGUACGCAUACAAGAAGGGCAGCCAGAGCGAGCGCCACGGGUCGCAGGCCGAGCGCCUCCUCGCGUCCAACAACCCAAGCAAGAUCAAGCCCCACACGCGGUUUGCGUUUGCGACGCCGGCCGUGCCGGCCGCGCCGACCAUGAUGCACGCCCAGAUGCACCCCCAGAUGGGCCACACCAUGUACCAGCAGCCGCCGCCGCCGCCCGCCGGCAUGAUGUACCAGCAGCCCCCGCCCGUGCCGGCGACCAUGAUGUACCAGCAACCGGCGCCCAUGUACAGCAUGCCACCGCCGCCGCCGCCGCAACAGUAUUAAACGACGACAAUCGACACUCUCUACCUUGACCCUGGACGCCGCCAUUCUUAGGACGCUUGCACUUUCCAGCGCUGCCCAAUGAGCUUGAUCUGCUUGAG